UUAAUAAUAUACUCAUUCUCUACGUCAAUACCAUCCCAUUUUAGAUUGAGCGAUGACGGCGGAAGUCUGUAAUUUUUAAUCAACUUUCUCACGUUCAGACAUCGCUACUUUCGGUUGAAGCAAGUCAUUAUAGGCCUACAUUAACAUUAUUGUGUAUUGCAGAUUAUUGGAGUUUAGUGUCGGUCUUUUAAUUGCAUUCAGUACUGUUAAUGUGAUGGAGCGCAUCGGACUAUCGUUAUACUUUUUCGGACUACUCAUCGUCAAAGAUUCACUGGGUAAUUGUAUUUUUGACGAUAGUGAUAUUCUCAAAGACCGACAAUUUUUAGAUAGCAAUGGUUGGACCAUGGCACAAGUCGGUACUCCUAUCACGUGUCCGGGAUACAUCAAAGCUUGGAAAUGGUUUCCAUCCGAAUCUGCAAGUUUUCUUGGGCUAGUGUGGCGGCUCACUAAUUCUUCUACUAUGGAGUAUGAGGUGACAGGGCGUACCGUUUUGCCUGCUGUGGCAGAAACAAACAAAAUCAAUAUUUUCAAUCUACCAACUUCUGAAUGGAUUCCAGUAGAGGCCGGUGAUAUUGUUGGAUUUAAAUUUGACCAGGCCCUUAUACGUUUUGACUACAACGAAAGUUUUCAGAUUGAAUUUGCGCAGUCAAUUGCCUUUGAAGACAUCGUUAUUGGUUCUCGACACACGUUAACAUACCAUACAGGCUUCAGAAUUUAUUCAUUUAUGGCAAUUUAUGAAGAAUAUGUUAGCAGUCGAUAUGUUGUUGAAACGAAGUGCAAGCGAUCAAACACAAUGAAAAUAGUUGAACCAGGCGGGAUGUUACUGCGUCACGUGAUCAAAAGUUUCCAGAGACCGUCUGCCAUUUCAUGUGUUGUAUCUUGUCAGAGGAAUACACAAUGUAUGUCACUCACUUAUGAGAAGGAAAACCAAAUGUGUCACUUCAAUAACGCUAGCAAAGAGGAUACGAGUGACUUUAUUAUUAUGGAUAAUGUUUUGUACUAUGAAUUUAGCUAUGAGGCGAUACAGAAUUACGAAACGUGUGAAUCUGGUACGGUAUACAAUGACAUCUCGUGCUGGGACACGCGCGUGUGCAGGUGUAACGGCAAUAAUGGUUGUCCAUUUAAAGACUGGAACUUGGUAUUCAAGGGCGUGGCAGGAACCGGAUCUGCUAUUUAUACAGCCUUUGUCGAUGGAACUGGAACAUCAGAAACCGAUGAGGCGGCAUCGUUUGAUUCACUGCUGAACUUUAGAUCGAAUCAACCCUUGGUCGACUGGUCAUCACUGCAAAUCACGCAGGUGAAACUGACGUUGUUUUCGGAAUCUGCUGAUGAAUUAUUAUCGUUGAUAUUUGACGGAGUUGGCUCUGAUAAAACCUCAUGGUAUGCUCUGGAUAGGUUGAUAAUUUCACCAUGGACAGACUUAACAACAAGUGUGUCACACAAUUGCUUCAGCAUAUACGGCGAGAGCCAGUCUCGUACGUUCUAUAUCAAUGCGCAUUAUGGUGGAUGUUCGGUAGAUACGGGAUGGCUAACCAUCAUCGAUGCCUCUAUGGGAUGUCCGUGGGAAAGAGGAAUAGAUCUGCCAGCCUUCCUAUACAGUUUGUCGGAUGUUAAAGAGAACUGGACUAGUGGCUCCAUAGGGAGAGCCUAUAUAAUGACUGUUCACAUCAAGUAUGGUUGAUCAUCCUUCAGGCGCACUGAUAUGCGUGAAAAGGAAAACGAUACCGUCUGUGCAUGUUUCAAAGCCAAUGACAAAUCAGAAUCCCUCUAAGGAAGAAUCAAGCGUCGAUUGAUGCAUGUUAUUCUCACAACAUUUUCUUAUAGCUAUUAAAUUCUGUUUUAAUCAGCAGUUUUUUCCUUCUACUUUUUUACAUCAAAUAGUGCAAUUGCAAUUUUAGUUCACACAAUUUUUUCAAUGAUCAUAUCAUAUAAAUUUGUCUAUAAUAUCACUGAUUAUUGCAUAAGAUUUUUUUUUAGUGAAAUUGUUAUGCACUUAAUAAUUUUCUAUUAUGAUUAGAGCUUAAUUGUUUAUUGAUUUAAUGUAUGUUAUUUGUAAUGUCUGUCAAUUUAAUCAUUGAGGAUUUUACCUACAUGUUUCAACAACUCAGUUUGCAAUUCAGUUUUUACUAUUGUAAACUCUUCUAUGUAUAUAAUCUUUAUUUGUUCAAUUAAA